UUACGUCUGUCAAUAUUCUUGUAUUCCAGGCACUGUUCUAUUGAUCCAAUCUACAUGUGAUCCAGAGUGUGGCCAUGGAAUUUGUCGUGUCAAAAAUGGUUACAGCUGCUAUUGUAAUGCUGGAUGGUCAGCAGUGUCGAAGACGGUACACACUUGCAGUGCAGGUCGCCACAAAGUGAUCUGUCUCCCCGACAGGAUGAUCGUUAACCUGAACCCAUACGCGCAUGCAGGGAUGUAUGCGUGGGACACACCUAAAUGUUAUUUUGAUCUCGAUUAUAACCAAAUGGUUCCAGAUCGAACUGAAUUUGUUGGCGGACGUGCAAAAGAUAUCCCCCAUUCUGGGGAUUCCAAGUGUGAUAGGAUCGCUCCAGUCAAGGAGACGAUUGACAAUACGGAAUACAUAGUGUACAAGCGUGACUUUGUUAUUCAACAUAACGAAGACUUCACCAGUUCACUUGACGAGAUCGUCACAGCCCUGUGUUACUUUGACGCUUCAGGCAUUUCAGUCACCUCCGACAUACGCACUGUCAAUCUGGCCAAGGUUAAUCUGGGAAGCACGAGCAUAAAGGAAGAGUUUUCGCCAGUUACACUUUCUCUUCAAGUCGAUGACGCUAUACCUGGCAACAGCGUUAAUGUCGGACAAAAACUGUCCUUCACCUUAACCGUAGGGUCAGAAUUCGGAAAAUUACUUUUGAAAGAAGUCAAAUUCGAUAACGGCGAACCAGAAGCGGACGCAACGUACCAAAGUUUCAAACUUCUGGAAAAUGAAUGCAGAAGUAAAGCCAAGGGAAAGGAUGUUUGGAUAGCUCUCCCAACUCACCCAGAUGACGACAACCGUGUCGUGUUGUUUGAGAUCAAGGCGUUUGUGUUCACCAAGGCUACUAAUCUGAAAACAAUUUUCACCCCGAAAGUCUGUGUUACAAGUGAUAGCACCUGUGAUGACAUUGACUGUUCUGAUCAGCAAUCAAUUGGGAGAAGAAAGCGAUCGACCGGUGACGUCACCAACAACACUUACGUCAUUGACGAAACGGUCACAGUUGUCUUCCCUGGAAGAAAGGGCGUGUCGGUGGCAAAGACUGGAGAACGCCGCCAAGAAGAGGGAUGUGAAACCAGUUCAGCCAUGAUAGGUACCGUGGCAGCUUUAGCAGGAGUUAUAUUCCUUUUGGUCGUUCUUCUGCUCGUCCUCGUAGCGCGGUCAUUCAGGAGAAAUAACCGCAACUCACGAGCUGACAAGAGGGAAGGAGUUAUCUCUCCUUACUUCACUAAAGACACACAGUGAACUGUCAAAUAAAAAACCGCAGCACAAACGUUGGCAUAUGUAAUCGUUUAAAUGUUCUAUAUGUGUAUAAUACUUAGCACACACAUACAGAUUAAAGGGACAUACACUAGAUUUUAAACGUUAAGGUAUAUGUUUUGCUAUUAGAGUCGGGGUUUUUUUGUAACUGAAAUCGUAUUUUCUUAGAUUUUAUUGUUUAGAUUAUCAAUUUCCGCACAUUCGAAGUAUUUUUGGUCAUCAUGAUGUUUUUAAUAUAAGAAAAUCCAUUUCUCAUAUUUU